AUGAGACCUAUCCUGUUAAAAGGCCACGAGCGUCCUCUGACGUUUAUUAAAUACAACGCCGACGGGGAUUUAAUCGUCACGUGCGCGAAAGAUCACCACCCGACGUUAUGGUACGCAGAUACAGGGAACAGAGUCGGAACGUACAUUGGACACAACGGCGCCGUGUGGACCGCGGAUAUCACCAGAGAUUCGAAAACUUUAGCCACUGGAUCCGCAGAUACGAGUUGUAAACUCUGGGACGUCGGCAGUGGAGUGUGUUUCCAGACGUUUCAAUUCGACCAACCGGUACGAGCGGUGUCGUUUGCAAUCGGCGACGAGAAGAUGUUAAUCACCACGGAUCCGUUUAUGGGCGUGAACGCGGCGAUACACAUCGUGGAGAUUACAAAGAACAGAGAGGAGCAAACGAGCAAGAUUUUAAAAACGAUUAGCGGGGACGGGAUCGUCAACGGGAGGUUAAAUAGAGUCGCGUGGGGCGCGCUCAACGAAACGUUUUUAACCGCGGGGGAGGACGGCGUUUUACGCGUGUGGGACGUGGAAACGGGGAAGGUUUUACACGAAGCUCGAGACGCGCACAAAGGGAAACCGAUUCAACACUUGGAGUUGUCUGCGGAUAAAACGCACGCGAUCACGGCGAGCUUGGAUAAAACGGCGAAAAUUUUCGACGCGCAGAAUUUAGAGCUUUUGAAGACGUACGUCGCGGAUAGACCGGUGAACGCGGCGAUUAUCUCGCCAAUUCGAGAGCACAUCAUAUUAGGUGGUGGCCAAGAUGCGAUGGCAGUCACGACGACGUCGAGUAAAGCAGGGAAAUUUGAUUCGAAGAUUUAUCAUAAGAUUUUCGAGGAGGAAAUUGGCGGGAUUAGAGGGCAUUUCGGUCCCAUCAACGCUCUGGCGUUUUGCCCGGACGGGAAGAGUUUUACCUCGGGCGGAGAAGAUGGGUACGCGAGAAUUCAUCACUUAGAUAACACGUACUUUGAUAUUAAAUAA